AGCGGCGUCACGAGUGCGCUGGGCGGCGCUGGGGCGGGGGCCAUAGAGACGUGGCCGGCGUCGCGCGUGUCGUCGAGCCGGAGAGGUUGAGGCACCAUGCCCGCCCUCAGGCCGCUCGUGAAGCCUAAAAUCGUCAAGAAGAGGACCAAGAAGUUCAUCCGGCACCAGUCUGAUCGCUAUGUCAAGAUCAAGCGCAACUGGCGCAAGCCGAGAGGUAUCGACAACCGUGUCCGCCGGCGCUUCAAGGGGCAGAUCCUGAUGCCCAACAUUGGCUAUGGCAGCAACAAGAAGACAAAGCACAUGCUGCCCACGGGCUUCAGAAAGUUCCUGGUCCACAACGUCAAGGAGCUGGAGGUGCUGAUGAUGAGCAACAAGUCCUUCUGCGCAGAGAUCGCCCACAACGUGUCCUCCAAGAACCGCAAGGUGAUCGUGGAGCGCGCGGCACAGCUGGCCAUCAAGGUCACCAACCCCAAUGCCCGCCUGCGCAGCGAGGAGAACGAGUGAGGACCACGGCCCCGCGUCUCAAUAAAGAGUCAAACCAAA